UUAUUUUAUACCUCUCCCAGGACCACCUCUUCCUACCCUCGACGCCGCUCCCCUCCUCUCCUAAUCCUCUUCCAAUCUCUUUCUCUAUCUCCAUCUAAUGGAGGAAGCCGCCAUAUCUUCUUCGUCCGCGCAAUUCGAAAUCCUACCUCCGCCCCCUUUAGAUUCCGAUAAACCUCCUCCACCACCACCGGAAACCCUAGAUCCCGGACUUCAUCCGCCGCCGCCCCCAGAAACCCUAAUGGAGCCAAAGAAUUCGGAGACCGACGGCCAGGUUCCGGCCGUAUCGAAGCCAGGGGGCUCCGAGAGGCCGCCGCCGAUCUUUGAGAAUGGCCUCGCCUUCACCCACAGCGGCACCGACAAGGACUGCUCCGGUGGUGAGGAGGACGCCAGCAGCCGCCGCCGCCGGCGCAGCCGGUGGGACCCUCCGGCGGAGUCCGACCAGAAUAGCGACGCCUCCUCCAGCAGCCGGAAGAGGAAGUCCCGUUGGGCGGAGGAGGAGCCCCAGGCCCUCAUCCAGCUUCCUGAUUUCAUGAAGGACUUCACCGCCGAUCUUGACCCCGAGGUCCAGGCCCUAAACGUGCGGCUUCUCGAUGUAAACCGCCGUCUCCAGUCCAAUUUGCCCCUCGAUGACCGCCCGGAGGGUGCACGAUCGCCUUCCCCUGAGCCCAUCUAUGACAACAUGGGCAUCCGGAUCAAUACAAGGGAGUACCGCGCUCGUGAGCGUCUCAACAAAGAAAGGCAGGAGAUCAUCUCCCAGCUCAUCCAGCGCAACCCGGCGUUCCGGCCACCGCCCGACUACCGCCCUCCCAAGCUCCAGAAGAAGCUGUACAUCCCCAUGAAGGAGUACCCUGGCUACAACUUCAUAGGCCUCAUCAUCGGGCCGAGAGGGAAUACACAGAAGAGGAUGGAGAAGGAGACUGGUGCCAAGAUCGUGAUCCGGGGAAAAGGUUCGAUUAAAGAAGGAAAAAUACCUCAAAAGAGGGACGCGAAGCCGGACCCCGUGGAGAAUGAGGACUUGCAUGUGUUGGUGGAAGCUGAGACACAGGAGUCUCUCGAUGCAGCUUGUGCUAUGGUGGAGAAGCUCCUGCAGCCAGUGGACGAAACGCUGAAUGAGCACAAGAGACAGCAACUGAGGGAGCUCGCGGCCCUCAAUGGAACCAUCAGGGAUGAGGAGUUCUGUCGGCUGUGUGGCGAGCCUGGGCACAGGCAGUAUGCUUGCCCCUCCCGUACCACCACGUUUAAGAGUGAUGUUCUCUGCAAAAUUUGUGGGGAUGGAGGGCAUCCCACCAUUGACUGCCCCAUGAAGGGAACGGGAAAGAAGAUGGAUGAUGAGUACCAGAAUUUCUUGGCUGAAUUGGGUGGGGCUGCCCCGGAGUCGUUCACCAAACAAAGCUCGGCCUUGCCCAUUCUUGGAUCAAAUAGUUCUGGGAGCAAUCCUCCUUGGGCUAGCGGUAGCAAUGCUGGAGGCACACAAGCCAAUGGAAUCAAGAAGGAAUAUGAUGAGACGAAUUUAUAUAUCGGGUACCUACCACCUACUCUUGAUGAUGAUGGUCUGAUCAGAUUGUUCUCGUCUUUUGGUGAUAUCGUGAUGGCCAAAGUUAUCAAGGACCGGAAUACUGGAUUGAGCAAAGGUUAUGGUUUUGUAAAGUAUUCUGAUGUGUCUAUGGCUCAACAGGCAAUAGCUAGUAUGAAUGGGUACAAUCUGGAGGGGAGAGUAAUAGCUGUGAGAGUGGCUGGUAAACCACCACAGCCUGCUGUGCCCCCUGGUCCUCCGGCUCCUCCAGCACCAAGCUACCAUGUUCCAAAUGCAUCAACUGGUGGAUACCCUCCUCAGCAGUAUAUGCCUCCCCCACCGCCGGGAAGUUAUGCUCCAGUCCCAUGGGGACCCCCAGUUCCACAUCCAUAUGCUUCUUAUCCUCCCCCACCGCCCCCUGGUUCUAGCAUGUACACUCCAGUUACCCCAUUUGGAGUGCAGUAUCCCCUUCCACAGCAGACUGUUCCUCCUGGUGCACCACCUCAGACCGUGCCUUCCAGCGAAGCAAUGCAGAAUUUUCCUCCUGGGGUGCAACCACAGAGUAGUAAUACAGGAACCGCACCUGUAUUGAGCAGCAUGUAUGGUGAUUCAGUAUCAGGAGUGGCUCCAUCUGCUCCUCCACCUGCAUAUCCACCGUCUUCUUUGGGAUAUCCAUCUUACUAUGCUCCAAUUCCACCACCUGUACCACCUCCUAGUGUUGAUCCCUCACAGAGCAUUGGAAAUGUACCAUGGGCCCUGAAUCCAUCAGCAUCUCAGCCUGCAUCAUCUGCAGAACAAUCGAGCACUUAUGGUGGAGAUACUGAGUAUGAGAAGUUCAUGUCAGAGAUAAAGUGAUGCCGAUCGGUCUUUCAUAUGAUAUGGGUAUUGCAAGGUCUUCCUGUCAUUAGUGUGGGUAUGCACUGUUUGAACUGUUUGGUAUGGAAUUACUUUAGGUGGUAAUUAGUUAUUGAAGAUUUUGAGCUUCUGCCUAUUUUAGAUUGUUUGCCUAAUGUACUUUCCAAGUUUCUAUGACAGAGGAGAAGACUCAUUACUUUGAGUUGUUAAGCAGUGGUUCAUCAGGUAAGUCAUGUGGUCGUAGACUCUGUCAGCUGAACUGGUAAUUGCCAGGUCGUGACAUCUCACAGUUUGUAGGUUUGCAUUCAUUUGUUCAGCAUAAAAUCCUAGUUAAUUGUUCUAGACUGCAAUUCUGUUGAUCAUGGUGUUUCUGAACAUGCCAUUUGCUGACCUUGCUUUCAUAGUUGAGGCUAACUCAUUGGGAGUGCAGAGACUGGUCCCAUGCACUUUUGUGCCUUGUUGCGUUAGCAUCAGUUGGAUUUUCUCGUCUAUUUUAAGAAGAAGCUGUUAAGGCAUGUCUUUUCUUUCUAUGCCUGCUUUAUUCAUAUUUUUCUAACACCAUUUACUAUAUUCAAAUGAAAAACUGAUUUUUCAAAAUAACGUCCCUCAGAUUGCAUUGAUGUCUGUCUCAUAAUUUGAUAAGUGAAGGCUCAGUUUGUCAAAUUUCUCAACUAUAGAUUAAUUUUAAGUAUUCCUAUUAUUUUUUCUAUGUAGUAUGCAAUAUGUGAUGUAAAAAAAAAAAGUGUUGUUGCUAAUUCAACCUCUCACUAUCAUGCAACUGACUUGGUAGUUUUAAGAUCAACCAGAGCUGUACCAUCUCAGCAAGCUCAUGAAGUUUGAUCCGUGCUAGCCUGGUGAUCAUACAAAGUGGAGCUUGCCAGGAGUUUGUGGCACCCAGCAUACAUUAAACAAGAGAACUGUUUAUGUGUGAACUAGAUAGGAACUUCCAGCUGUAUAUUGUGGUCAUGUGCUUUUGGUGAAUGACCACCCGUGUUGAAAGUAACGACUGGGUGGGGGGCUUAAAGAUUAGUUGGUCUCGCACUAAAACAAACCAGGAAGCCUAUCAAUAACUUGUGUAUAUUUUUGAACUCCGACAUCAAGUAUUAUGUUGAGGUAGAUUGUAAAGAUAACAUUGUAUUUUUAAACUGGCAAGAGGUAACACUUAAAUCAACCAGGUUUGUAGAA